GUUCAUCAAUCGACUCAUCAGUUGUUCUGAAAUUCGCCGACAAGUCAAAAUAGGUACAAAAAUAGUGUGAAAAAUUCGAAAAUUUCUGUGUAAAACACAAAUUCUCGACGCAGAGCAAACAGACAAAUGUCCCAGUAAACGCUCGAGGGUGAAUAGCAGUGGAAAUUCGUGAGAAUUGCAAGAAUAUUGCGUUUGCAUUGCAAGUGGCUGUUGGCGACGUUGACUUUGACGUUAGCGUUUUAGGGUGACGGCGAGAGCGACUGCGAAAAUAGAUCAACAACGACAACGUCGACGUUGACAGCAUUUCUGCUCUGUGCGUAAAACAAACAAAACCAUGGGGAUCAACGUCAGCAGGCAAGCUAAUCUCUCCGAGAAUGAACUAUUGCGUCGUUUUGUUGGACGUGCACAUAUUCCACACGAGGACACCUCGUACUGGAAUGGACUGUUGAACUAUCACAUCACAAUGCCGGAGGAUAGUCAAGACCAGUUAAGUUUGGACUCGCGUCUGGAGACACUUUGCCAGUCGUUCAUCAGCAACAAUCUUAUGACGGGCAACUUUGGUUCACUGAUAUCGGUUUUUCUGGAAAAAGCAGCCGAGUUGCUAUCUCUAUCAGAUAAAGAGAGUAACCUGCACAUAUGGCAUACCUUCAAUGCACUCUUCAUUAUACGUUCGUUAAUUAAGUAUAUCAUUGAAACUGGGUCUGAGUUCCAACUGUUGCAACAUUUCGAAGCGAUACCUAAUGAGGAGUUUUUGCGUGCAGAAGGCGAGACAGCGCUGCCUAUUGCUGUCGAGGCCGUCGAGGAUGGGGCUGCUGGUGUUGCACACGCCAAGACAGUACUGGUGGUGGAUGGCGCAAAGUUUGAGUCAUUCAUCGAUGCGCUUGUAAAUCUGAUUGUAGUGAUUCCAGUCAAGGAAUUCACAUAUCACUUGCAUUUGGAGGCGGUGAAUACCUUCAUUACUCUGCUCUCCGUACACCUAUUCACCGAACAACCCACAGAGAAAUCGAUAAUUUUUAGAACUAUUUUUAAAUGUCAGCAUGCAAAUGUGCUCGUGUCUGCGCUGCUACAUUUUGUUGCGCGCAUGGUUGAAGUACCACACAAUAUGUUCGGCUCUUCGUCAUCCGGUUCGUUCGUUUUUGGCAUAGCCGAGUCAUUGCUUUCCAUUUUCACCUUCCGCAAACAACAGGAUGUUCUAAAAGCAACUGGCGCUACAGGCGCUGAGCUUUCACAACAAUUUCGUGAUCACUACCCACUUGCCAAUCAAAGUCUUCUGCUCAUUCUCAUAUUGACAAAUCACUGCACCACUAAGGAUAACCCAUACCGCGCCAGCCUAUUUGGUUGUGCCGACUCGAAAGACUCACCAAAAGAGAGCGCCAGCUUCCAGAUCGACUUCUCCUCCGUUUAUGAGACAUUGUGUCGCAUUGUGACUAUCGACCAGGCAACACUGUUGCUUUACCUCUUGCUACAUCGAAAUGAACGCUUCUACCGCUUUGUAAUGGCACAAAAUGAUCUGGAGGACUUGGUUAUACCAAUAUUGCAGACCUUGUAUCACGCACCCGAUAGCACUUCGCAUCACAUCUACAUGUCGCUGAUUGUGCUGCUAAUCCUGAGCGAGGAUGACGGAUUCAACAAAAAUGUGCAUAAUAUUAUGCUGAAAAAUAUUCAUUGGUACACAGAGCGCACCAUAUCGGAAAUAUCGCUGGGCGGUCUUCUUAUCCUGGUUGUCAUACGUACUAUACAAUAUAAUAUGUUGAAGAUGCGCGAUAAAUAUUUGCAUACCAACUGUCUGGCGGCGUUGGCGAAUAUGUCGGGACAAUUUCGUGCAUUACAUCCGUAUGUGGCGCAACGAUUGAUAUCGCUUUUCGAGACUUUAGCGCGAAAGCAUACACGCCUCGAUGCGCAACUGAAGGAGCCGGUAAAUAAUGGAGUUUUCGUGAACGUGACCACAACGCCCGAAGAUAUGCUGCAAGAUCUCACAGUGUUGGAGGAGGUGUUACGGAUGGUAUUGGAAAUACUUAACUCUUGUCUCUCCAAUCAGUUGGUUUAUUGUCCGAACCUGGUCUAUACAUUGCUGUAUAAACGAAGUGUUUUCGAAAGCUUCCGUAGUCAUCAUGCGUUUCAAGAUAUAAUACAGAACAUCGAUAUGGUUGUUGGUUUCUUUUCGUCACGUCUACAACGAGUGCAGGACCAACGUGGUGAGCUCAGCGUCAAUGAGGUGUUUGAGGUGAUAUCAAAAGGAGCCAGUCAGUGGUCGAGCGACCGUCUGAGGAAAUUUCCCGACCUGAAAUUCAAAUAUGUUGAAGAGGAUGCGCCUGAAGAAUUUUUCAUUCCUUACGUAUGGACUUUAGUAUGCAAAUACGGCUGCGUACACUUUAGCUCGGAGAGUAUCAAAGGUGUGACCACAGACAUACAAUGCUAAUACAAUAUGGCAGUAGAUGAAAAGUAUGCUUAGCGACAACAACACAUACAAAACACUGACUGUCUGACAGAGUUUUGUAGCAGUGAGAUGCAACUGGUAAUAAUGCUGACGCUGGUGGUUUUGUAAAAAUGGUCAUGCAUCAGCUUAGCGUGGAGUUAGUUUAGCAUAAGUCGACCUAUCCAAUUUUCUUUUGUGCUAGUUUCUUAAGCGUUGAACUACAAACAUUGACGCUACACUUUUUCUUGAAGAAAGAAGAAUGUAGGAAAAACUAUUUCCUCGGGUACAGUAGAAAAUAAAAUAAUUUACUUUUAA